GGUCGAUCAUUCAAUAUUGAUAGAAUAUAUUUUUUUAGGUCGCAAUGAAAUUGCUACUAUCAUUUUCUGUAUUAUUUGCAGUGGGAAUUUUUGGAGAGCACCAUCCCUCUGAAUAUGUAUAUUCGGAAGAGCAGUUGUAUGAUACUAUUAUGUGGCCAGAAGGUAGAGGUACAAUUCGUCCGGCAUUUGUACUCUUCACCGACCCUGAACACGAACCGGAAGUGCAGAAAUAUUCUAUAAACUCCUACGCACUACCUCCAAUUAACUAUGUAGCGUUUUUCGUCCACGAUAAUGUUACAUCCAAACAAUAUUUGUGGUACGAAACUUCAAGUUUACCAGAUAUAUUUAAAAUUGAAGUAUUCCCAUCCGUCGUUUAUUUGCCGAUGAAUAAACAAUGGAACGAAGCAGUAAUAUGGACACCAAAGAAUUCAAAAUCGUUUCUGGAAUGGUCUUGGGAACUUCUAGGGGCGGAGAGGACAAUCAUUAACACUUUAAGAAAUCCGGUAGAAGUUCAAUUUGAAUCCCGAUUGGAGAGAGAUACUCCGAAAGUUCCCACAUCUUUCAAACUGGGAGCGGGUGAACAAAUUACAAAGUUCUGUUAUUUAUCCGACAGAGCUCUUGUAUACGAACAGGAAAAGUUCUUAGAAGGUUAUGCAAUUGGGCACGCGGAUGUAUUAGAAAUUAAGGCACCAUCUUAUAUUUGGAAAGAGAAAAAUAUUUGGCUUACAGCCCUCGAUAAAUCAGAGGAGGAACAAAUGAAAAUUGGUGAACAGAUAUCGUGGAAUCACGCUUAUAGAACAUUAUUACAAGUCAAACAACCCAGGCUCGUACAUAAUUUUACAGCUUCCGGCUACCUAAAACGUAAAAUUCCAUCGGCAAUUUAUAAACGUCUAAAAAGAUUUUACGACAAGCAUUCCUCUCAGCGACGAGUAGAACAAAAUAUAGGUGACAGUCAUAUUAAUCAGAAUCAAUUUAACACUACAUUAGUCCAAUUGGACGAAGAUGAAAGAAUAAUAGUUGGAAGUCAUUUAAAACCAAUUCUCGAACGUUGGUGCUCAUGUAAAUUAGAGCAAACUGCAUUUUACGGUAUAAGGGAAUAUCAUAAGGGAGCAGUUUUACGAAACCAUGUCGAUAGAGUUAGCACACACGUUAUUUCGACUAUCCUACAAAUUCAUCAAGAGUUAGAGAAGGACGAUUGGUAUUUAGAGGUUGUCGAAUUCGAUGGUACUCGAAAAGAAGUUCGUUUAGAAGCUGGAGAAAUGCUAUUAUACGAAUCUGCAAAAUUGAUUCACGGAAGACCAAAGUUAUUUAACGGUAGAAUAUUUGCAAAUGCUUUCCUCCAUUUUAGACCAGUUUCCGAUUGGAAUUAUAAAGCCGACGAGCAGGUUUCGGGUUUGCACGUAAAUGGAACAUUUGUUCCUCUAUACCCAAUUGACGAUUCUACCUUACAACCAGCACCGAUGAACGGUGGUAUACUCACACCAAUUCGACUAUCGCAAUUAAAGGAUGAACUUUAG